AUGGCUGAACCCGAGGCCAAGCAUGGGAAAGCGUGGCGAAGGCCGCCGAACGGAAGACAGAGAGGCGAGCUGAAAGACGGGAAGAACCGGAGGAGGCUCACAGCCUCCGCCCAUCACAUGUGUGGCUCCAAGGAAGAGUUUUCUAAGGACAUCCAGUCACCAGUUGACUCGUGUGCACUUCACAUUGAUGUUUUGCAGUUUAUGUGGGCGGGCUCCGCCGUGACGCCGGUGGCGGUGUCCCAGAUCCCGGGGCUGAACACGCUGGGCAUCUCGCUGGCGCGCAUCGACUUCGUCCCCGGCGGGCAGAACCCGCCGCACACGCACCCUCGCGGGUCGGAGAUCCUGACGGUGAUCCAGGGCACGCUCCUGGUGGGCUUCGUCACCUCCAACCAGCUGCUCAACAACACGCUCAUCACCAAGCAGCUGCGCGCGGGCGACGUGUCCGUGUUCCCGCAGGGGCUCAUCCACUUCCAGCUCAACAACGGCAGGACCCCCGCCGUGGCCAUCGCCGCGCUCAGCAGCCAGAACCCUGGCACCAUCACCAUCGCCAACGCCGUGUUCGGGGCCAAGCCGCCCAUCCUGGACGUCAUCCUCGCCAGGGCGUUCAUGCUCGACAGGGCCACCGUGGACCGGCUCCAGCAGGCAUUCGGCGGCGCGGCACCGGUGGCUGUCGACGGCGGCUAUCCGGGGUACCCCGGCCGUAACUGA